AUGCAGCUUGCUAACUUGUGCUGGCUGAGCUCGGCCCUCCUGGCCGCCCACAGCCUUCUGGUUGUGGCAAACAAUGGGACGGAGGAAGUCAGAGAUGAAACCGUGCAGGACGCCUGCCCCGUGAGGCUAGAGAGCCGAGGCAAAUGCGAGGAGGGGGCCGAGUGCCCCUUCCAGGUGAGCCUGCCUCCGCUGACUCUCCAGCUCCCCAAGCAGUUCAGCAAGAUCGAAGAGGUGUUUAAAGAAGUCCAGAACCUCAAAGAGCUCGUCAGUCACCUGCAGAAGUCUUGCCAAGACUGCAAACUGCAGGCUGAUGACAACGGAGACCCGGGCAGGAACGGACUGCUGGUACCCAGCACGGGCGCUCCCAGGGAGGCUGCUGACAACAGAGUUAGAGAGCUAGAGAGUGAGGUUAACAAGCUGUCCUCGGAACUGAAGAAUGCCAAGGAGGAGAUCGAUGGGCUUCAGGGUCGCCUGGAGAAGUUGAAUCUCGUAAAUAUGAACAGCAUAGAAAACUAUGUUGACAGGAAAGUGGCCAAUCUUACGUUUGUUAUCAAUAGGCUGGAUGGCAGAUGUUCAUCCAAUUGUUCGAGCCACGAAGCUGUUCAACCACGUCCAGUGCAACAUCUGAUAUAUAAAGACUGCUCUGAGUACUACACAAUAGGCAAAAGAAGCAGUGAGAUCUACAGAGUCACCCCUGAUUCCAGAAACAGUAGCUUCGAGGUGUACUGUGACAUGGAGACCAUGGGGGGAGGCUGGACAGUGCUGCAGGCACGUCUCGACGGAAGCACCAACUUCAACAGAAGCUGGCAUGACUACAAAACUGGCUUUGGAAACCUCAGAAGAGAAUUUUGGCUGGGAAAUGAUAAAAUCCAUCUUUUGACCAAGAGUAGCGAGAUGAUUCUGAGAGUAGAUCUUGAAGACUUUAAUGGUGUCAAGCUGUACGCCUUGUAUGAUCAUUUUUACGUGGCUAAUGAGUUUCUCAGAUACCGGGUACACAUUGGUAACUACAAUGGCACAGCUGGAGAUGCCUUACGUUUCAGUAAGCAGUAUAACCACGAUAUGAAAUUUUUCACCACCCCAGAUAGAGACAAUGACCGGUAUCCCUCAGGGAACUGUGGGCUCUUCUACAGUUCAGGCUGGUGGUUUGAUGCAUGUAUGUCUGCAAACUUAAACGGCAAGUAUUAUCACCAGAAAUACAAAGGUGUCCGGAACGGGAUUUUCUGGGGCACCUGGCCUGGUAUGAAUGAUGCACAUCCUAGUGGCUACAAGUUCUCCUUCAAAGAGACCAAAAUGAUGAUUAGACCCAAACAUUUUAAGCUAUAG